CCCAUAUGACACACUCCCUUGCCUUCUCUACAUUACCAGUCAUCUAGGGUUUUAGCUUCCCCUUUGGCCUUUGCACACGACUCCGGCGGUCAGCAGGCGCAACCACCAUCCGCCAGCGAAAAUGGUUAAGGAAGGUCAAGGAGAGCGUGUCAGGCUGUAUACCAGAGGAACCAUUCUAGGUUACAAGAGGUCGAAGUCGAACCAGUAUCCAAACUCGUCGCUUAUUCAGAUCGAGGGAGUGAACACUAAGGAGGAAGUUGAUUGGUACCUGGGAAAGCGUAUGGCGUACGUGUACAAGGCCAAAACGAAGAUCAGCGGCUCUCACUACCGCUGCAUCUGGGGAAAGGUCUGCAGGCCUCACGGCAAUAGCGGCGUCGUUAGAGCUAAGUUCAAGUCCAAUCUUCCGCCUAAAUCCAUGGGAGAUAAGGUUAGGGUGUUCAUGUAUCCAAGCAACAACUGCACUGAUUGCAUGCUACCCUACUCAAUUGCUGAUGAGAUUUCCCUUGUUAAUCCGGGGAUUGUUACUGAAUUUUCCUUUUGUGCUGAUCUUUUCUCUAUCUGCUUAUUUCUGCAGCAGGGAAGUAUUUCCAUUUUUCUUCCACUUUUGUCAAUGUUUGACCCGUAUAUCACAAUUUGGAUAUAUGGAAUUGGGGGGUUCCGGAUAGAUCGACCAAUGUCGGCAAUGAAGGCGACGGGACGGUUGUUCACGAUCGGGCUGGUGGCGUCGUGGUACUCCUCCAACAUUGGGGUUUUGCUGCUCAACAAGUACUUGCUGAGCAAUUACGGAUUUAAAUACCCGAUCUUUCUCACGAUGUGCCACAUGACGGCUUGCUCGCUGCUCAGCUACAUCGCCAUUGCCUGGAUGAAGAUGGUGCCUAUGCAGACUAUAAGAUCUAGGGUUCAGUUCAUGAAGAUCUCCGCGUUGAGCCUCGUGUUUUGCGCCUCCGUCGUCAGCGGCAACAUCUCGCUCCGCUACUUGCCCGUUUCCUUCAACCAGGCCAUUGGCGCCACCACGCCCUUCUUCACUGCCGUCUUUGCGUAUUUGAUGACGCUCAAAAGAGAGGCUUGGUUGACUUACGUCACUCUUGUUCCUGUUGUCACAGGCGUAGUCAUUGCCAGUGGGGGUGAACCAAGUUUCCAUCUAUUUGGAUUCAUCAUGUGUAUUGGUGCCACAGCAGCUAGGGCACUUAAAUCAGUGCUCCAAGGGAUUUUGCUUUCGUCGGAAGGGGAGAAGCUGAACUCCAUGAAUCUUCUACUCUACAUGGCUCCUAUUGCUGUUGUACUUCUAUUGCCUGCUACACUAAUUAUGGAAGAAAAUGUUGUUGGUAUCACCCUGGCACUUGCAAGGGAGGAUGUUAGAAUCAUCUGGUUGCUGCUAUUCAAUUCUGCUCUUGCAUAUUUUGUAAACUUGACCAAUUUUUUGGUUACAAAACACACCAGUGCUCUCACACUUCAGGUUUUGGGGAAUGCUAAAGGAGCUGUAGCUGUGGUUGUCUCAAUAUUAAUUUUCAGAAAUCCAGUAUCAGUUACAGGGAUGCUCGGCUAUACCCUCACAGUGUUCGGUGUUAUUCUCUAUAGUGAAGCUAAGAAACGCAGUAGGAAGGAUUGAUGUUGGAAAGCAUCAAGUACAAAUUCUAUUAAUUUUGCCUUGUGAUGAGAGGUGCAAGUUUGAAACGCUAGAUGGAACGCAUACUUGCAGUUGUACCUUGGAUUUUGGCCUCAAAUUUAACUUCUGCACUAGAAAACGCGCGGAAAUAGGCGUCCAUCUUCUAUCUCAGCCAACAAUCACGCCAGCCAACACAUAGUAGUAAUAAGUAACUCGAGAUUUCUCUCCGUUCUUCCCUCACGGGCAGUUUUGGGAGAAAUAUCUUUUAAAUUCUUUGAGAAAGAGAUUGUAGAAUUGCAGUAUACACAGCAUAUUACAAUUUUUCAUAUUGAUUUGUUCAGCCUACAUAGCAUGUUCCUAUAAAUUCAAAAAUUCCUGUUUCAUAAGCCUCUUUUCCAGUCAUAUAUCUAUCUGUGCUAUUCCAACAAAA